ACAUUAUAUUGUUUUUUAGGAGGGGGCAUGUUGUUAAAAAAUGCGCCUCAGAAUAUAUAAACAUGCCGGGUGGAUCUCAAGGUAGUUUUGAGCUGGUUUUGUAAUACGGGUGUGAAAAUGAGAGUGCUGCUAAUACCAAUGCUGGCCGCUUUUGCGACCGCGGCGCCCCAGUUCCAGCAACCGCAGCAGUACAACCCCUACAACCCGUUUGCCACGGUUACCACACAAAGGCCGUUCCAACGACAGCCUUUUGGCCAGCAACCAUUCCAAAGAUUCCAGCCAACACAACCACCUCAACCAGUCCAACCUGCCGUGCAUUCCGCGCAACCUGCAGUGUCAUUCGCCAGGCACGUGCAGGAACAGCAGCAACAUGGACAAUGGGUUCCCACGGCUGAACAGCAAGCACAGCAAGCGCAGAUAGAAGCAGCGAAUGAUAAGUCUAGAGCUGCUCAGAUCCUGCAUUAUGCCAAUGAUAAUAUUGGAGCUGACACCUACAGCUACGCGUAAGUAUUAGCUUAAUGUGUCGCAAAAGUUUAAGUGACAAUCACGACGUACAGUUCCUGUAGAAUGGCGAUUGAGCUUGCAAUGGUAAAUUCCUAAACGUUAUUAGUAAUAAUCAGUAAGUACCUGUCGAUUUUUGGGAUUCUCGCGAUUGGGGUUACUUUAUUUCCCUUGGAAUUAGGAGGAAAUAGUUGACUUUUCAAAAUUAUGACUCGAUUGUUAGAAAAAUAUUCCUACAUUUAUCGAGAUGAGAAAGUUUUUUCUUACUACCGUUCUGGAGCGGCAAAGUGGCUUUCGUUAAUUUCUAGAAUCCUUGCUGCCGUAAUCAGUUGAAAAAUCGGUUAGCAUCCAUUUUUUCCACAUACUUGUUGGUAAUAGGUAAAGUUUCCUCUUUUACUUCCCACGCUUACUGGCAAGGAAUUAUAGUAAUCGCGAACAAAUCCUAAAAUGAG